CUCGGCAGGCAGUGGUGCUGGUGCGCUACUCCGCGCAGCCCGAGGUUAAUCUUCCCCAUCGCUCUCACCUGCCCAGGUCGCGGGGCCGCGAGACCGCGGGAAGGACUUCCGGCAGAGUCCGGAGCGGGGCGGAGAUGGAGUCAGUGGUCUUUGAGGAUGUAGCUGUGGACUUCACCCCAGAGGAGUGGGCUUUGUUGGAUCCGGCUCAGAGGAACCUCUACAGAGAUGUGAUGCUGGAGACCUUCAGGAACCUGGCCUCAGUGGGAGAAAACUGGAAAUGCCAUAGCAUUGAAGAUCAGCACAAGAACCAGGGAACACAUUUGAGAUGGCGUGUGGUGGAGAUACCCUCAGAAAAUAAUGAAAGUAAUCAAUGUGGAGAAACCAACCAGAUUUCCAAUCUUAUUGUACAUAAGAGACUUUCUACUGGAGUAAAAUCCUAUGAAUACAAUAAGUUUGAAAAACCCAUCAUGGAUUCUUCAACCCUCAAGAGUCCCAUAGCAUCAUCUCAACAUGGACAAAAACCCUAUCAGUGUAAGGAAUGUGGGAGAACUUUUAUUUCUUACUCAUCCUUUGGGGCACACAUAAGAGCUCACACUGAAGAGAAACCCUACGCAUGUAAAGAAUGUGGAAAAGCCUUUAUAUAUUUCUCCAAACUUAGAGUCCAUAUAAGAACUCACACUGGAGAGAAGCCUUAUGAAUGUGAAAAAUGUGGGAAAACCUUCAGAUCUCCCUCAAACCUUUGGACACAUAGAGAAACUCAUACUGUUGAGAAACCCUAUGCUUGUAAAGAAUGUGAGAAAUCCUUCUCUUCUCCCUCUUCUCUUAGAAAACAUGUGAAGGUUCACAGUGCAGAAAAAGCCUAUGAAUGUAAGGAAUGUGGAAAAGCCUUCCUUCAUUCUUUUUACCUGAUCAUACAUGCAAGGAUGCACACUGGAGAGAAAGCCUAUAGAUGUGUGGAAUGUGGGAAAGCCUACAGCUGGCCCUCAGACCUUAGGAUUCACAUGAGGACACACUCUGGAGAAAAGCCUUAUGAAUGUAAACAGUGUGGAAAAUCUUUCAGUUCUCCUUCAUCCUUUAAGGGACAUUUGCGAACUCACACUGGAGAGAAACCUUACGCGUGUAACAAAUGUGGAAAAGCCUUCAGUAGUCCUUCAUACUUUAGAACACAUGUGCGAAUUCACACUGGAGUAAAACCCUAUGUGUGUAAGCAAUGUGGGAAAGCUUUCAGUUGGUCAUCAUCUUUUCGAGGACAUUUGAGAACUCACAGUAGAGAGAAACCGUAUGAAUGUAAGGAAUGUGGUAAAGCCUUCAGUAGGCUUUCAUCCUUACAAAGACGUGAGAAUUCACACUGGGGAGAAACUCUGAAUGUCAGCAGUGUGGGAAAGCCUUCUAUACUCCCCUAUCCUUAAAGAAAGCACAUGGAAACUCAGGAAGGAAGGAAACGCCAUGCCAGUUCCAAUGAUGGAAGGCCUGCAUGCAGUUUACAUGUAUUGUGCACCACAAACUGCAUAGCAUUGGAAAAUAUUUACAAAGGUCUUGGAUAUACUGUUGGCUUUAUUAGUGCCUUAUUCUUAAAGUAGAUCCCUAUCACAUUAUUUCCAGUUCUUUAUGAGGAUAACAGCUAGGAGAUAAUAAUUCUUUAAGUAUUACUUUGCCAGGGCUGCCCUAACAGAUUGCCACAAAGUUGGUGGCUUAAAGAAACAAAUGUAUCCUCUUUCAGUUCUGGGUACUAGAAAUUGGAAAUCAGGCGUUAUUAGGGUUGGUUCCUCAUGAGGGUUCUGAAGAAGAAUCAGAUCCACGUGCUCUACAAACUUCCAGUGGCUACAGCAAUCCCUGGUGUUCUUGGCUUGUGGACGCCAUCAUUUAUUUAUUUAUUUAUUUUUUUGGCCACACUGUGAGACAUGCAGGAUCUUAGUUCCCUGACCAGGCAUUGAAACUGCGCCCCCUGCAGUGGAAGCACAGAGUCCCAACCACUGGACUGCCAGGAGGUCCCAGUAGGCACAAGCAUGCAUCAUUCCAAUUUCUGUCUUAAUUUUUUUUAAUUAAUUUAAUUUUGGCUGCAUUGGAUCUUCAUUGCUGCGCACAGGCCUUCCCUAGUUGUGGCGAGCAGGGGCCACUCCUCGUUGAGGCGCACAGGCUUCUCACUGUGGUGGCCUCUCUUGUUGUGGAGCACGGGCUCUAAGUGCACGGGCUUCAGUAGUUGUAGCGCACGGGCUUAGCUGCUCUGCGGCAUGUGGGAUCUUCCCAGACCAGGGCUCGAACCCAUGUCCCCUGCAUUGGCAGGCGGAUUCUUAACCACUGUGCCACCAGGGAAGUCCCUGACUGGGAAUUUUAAUAUUUCUUGUUUAGAAGGCAAAAAAGAGGGCUUCCCUGGUGGCGUAGGGAAGAGAGGCCACAACAAGAGAGGCCGUGAUAGUGAGAGGCCCGCGAACCGCGAUGAAGAGUGGGCCCCGCUCGCCGCAACUGGAGAAAGCCUGCACGCAGCAACGAAGACCCAACACAGCCAAUAAAUUAAUAAAUUAAUUUAAAAUAAAAGAAGGCAAAACGAAGGGACUGGGGCUAAAAUUAACUUGUAAGGAAACAAGUCAGUUUUGUUAGCUAGACUAGGAGAAAAUUUCAUCAUUUUUGUGAUUUGCAUAAUUCUUUUGAUCCUGUGUGACGACAUGAUCACGGAGUGCUCUUGCUUGUGCCUUACUCUAUAACAUAACACCCAGUGGCCUUGUCUGAUGACAGUGUUGUUUAAAAUGGUUUCUGUUUAAGGGACCUGCCUGGUGGUCCAGUGGUUAAGAUUCUGCACUUCCACUGCAGGAGGCGCAGUUUCGAUCCCUGGUCAGGGAACUAGGAUCCUGUUUGCCACCACGUGGCAUGGCCAAGAAAUUAAAAAAAAAAAAAAAAGGUUUCUGUUCAGCAGAACACCACAGCCUAGGAGUGAAGACCAGGCCAGGUAGAUCCCCGUCUCAAGGGCUGAUUCUUUUUUCUCACUAUGUGAACAUUUUAGUAUGUUUACUAUAUAUCUGCCACUGUUUUGUUUCCCAUAAAUUAGUUCAGUUAAUGUAAGUUGAGGUAAUCCUCCAAAACUAUAAUGUAGAUACUCUAAUCUCCUUUUGUGAGUUAACUGGGGCCUACAGAUUACAAAGCUAGCAAGUGGUAAAGACAGGAUCAGGAUUCAAAACAAAACCUUCUAGCCCUGAGACCAUGCUCUUCACUGCAUGUUAGUCUUUGAACCUCCUUAAUACACCAGCCAUUCUAAGCUCAAAACAAAAUUAGGCCCAAUCAUGGCACACAUGGUAGACUCUCAAUGCAGAAGCAGGAAACAAGUGCUUGCAGUUCUGAUUUGGCAUCAAAGAUGGAAAUAUGUGUCUUGGAGGAAAAUAAUCCAUGAUAAGAGAGAUAAUAGGGAAAGCAGGAGGGUGUAGUCUGUAUUUUUUUUUCCUCUGAAAGGCAGGGGGGCAUCAGUGAGUGAGGAUGUGUUCAUUAACUUAUAAUUUCAUCAUCUAGUGUCUUAAGUAAAUACUACUAAAGGAAAUGCUCAAGGGAAGUAGAAUAAUGAGUCUCCAUAAAAAUAAAAUCCUUGUGGUUGCCAAGGGGGAGGGGGUGGGGAAGGGAAGGAUGGGGAGUUUGGGAUUAGCAGGUGCAAACUAUUAUAUAUAGGAUGGAUAAACAAGGUCCUACUGUAUAGCACAGAGAAUUAUAUUCAAUAUCCUGUGAUAAACCACAAUAGAAAAUAAUAUGAAAAAGAAUAUAUAUAUAUAUGACUGAAUCACUUUGCUGUACAGCAGUAAUACAAUAUUGUAAAUCAAGUAUACUUCAAUAAAAUUUGAAA